CUCUCCGUAACUGUAUCGAAGACAUGUAUGACAAGUUGAUAAAGCUUGACCCAUUAGAACGACAAAAGAAACGUGGCAGACAGAAAUUGAACCCAAACUACAACACAUUGUAUGCAGAACAUAAAAAAGUUAUACAAUAUGCGGAACCAUUGAUAAAUAUUAUUAAUACGUCGUCGCAAUCACUGACCACUGAGGGACCUAUAAAGGAUUAUGAAUGUUUAAAAUGUUGUCAAGUUCUGCCUACCGUAGAUGCAUUGAUAAACCAUGAAAAGAGUCAUCCUAAAACCAUGUGGUAUAACUGCCGUCUAUGUGGCAAAUCAUUUCCAAAACGGUAUCUAUUGAAGAAGCAUGCUAAUACGCAUUUGACGGAAAAGCCUCCGAAACCUCUGGCAAAUAGUUUCCAUUGUAACACUUGUGGGGAAACAACCAAUGAUUGUAAUGAAUAUUUACAACAUAUUGAGAAGCAUAAGUUUAAAGAAGUGAUGCAGCAUUUGGUGGAGAAGAAUAUGGACGAAUUAUGCUCUGUUUGUCUAGAUAAGAGUUCCAAAAUGACAACGUUGGAUAGUAUGGUAUGUUUGCAUGGAGGUCAUAUGGAUAUGACAGGAGACAGAAACAUUUAUAACAUACUGGCGUCUACCAUACCUGAUAUGAAUAUACUACACAAUUACACCGGAACAAAAAUAUGUGAAAAGUGCCUUAAUAAUGCCAUUACGUCAUAUAUUUUCAUACAUCAGUACCAUUUCAGUAGAAAUAGGUUAAACACUUGCGUUGAUUUCAUGCUGAAUAGUUUGAACGACAUUGACGCAGAAGAGGGUAAUGUAUUUGUAGAGAUAUCCAACCAUGCCAUCAUGCCUGCACUGGAAGAUUACGAUGAAAAUCUUCUCGUCAACGAGAAUGAUUAUUUAGACGAGUCUAAACUUAAAGUUGAAGUGCUUGAAGGCGAAUUUAGAAUGAAAGCUGAAGAGGAGUUUAAUGAAAUGAAAGGUAGUACGGAUAGCGACUCUGAUACUUCGACUGUUCUGUACAAUCCAGCGAAAGACGCGACGCAAACUUACUCAGCUAGGAGCAGAAUGAUCAAUGGAUACCAAACAGAUUCUAUGGAUAAAGUAAGCGAGUUCCUGACAUUUAAAAAGAAAAAACCGCCAAAGAAAAAGAAAUGUAAAUACACAUGCCCGCUUUGCUGUAAGCAUUUUAUAACAGAAUACUUCUUGAAACGGCACGUUUUGAAACACCGCUACAAGAAGGUCGAGUGCAAAUACUGCCCUCUGUACUUCAAAUCCAAAUUCUAUCUGUACGAACACACCAAAAUGGUUCAUAUCUUGAACCAUUCAAACUAUUACUCGUGCAAGACUUGCGGAAGAAUGUUUCUGGAUUACGGCACGCUCAGGUUGCAUGAGAGAAAUCAUAGGAAGAAAACUUGCGAUUUAUGUGACAAAAUAUUUGCUACACAGAGGUUUUAUGACAGUCAUAUGCAACGGCACGCGGCGCAAUGGCGGGUGUCAAUGCACGGCUCGAUUAAACUUGUAGUUUCUGCGAAAAAGAAUGUAGAGGGAAAACGGACCUGUUACUUCAUGUCAACAAAAUACAUCUACAAAUCAAACCACACUCUUGUGAUAUGUGUGAUCGACAGUUCUACACCGAAUAUGACUUGAGGAACCACGAGAAAGUCCACAAUGUACGCACCAAAGAGAAGUGUCAUUUCUGCGAUAUGGUCUUGAAGUCUAGAAAGCAGUUGGUGGUGCAUGUAAGAAAGCACAUCGGAGUGACACCCUAUAAAUGUCAUCUUUGUGAUCAAUCGUUCUACUGUGUGCAAAAGAAACGCAAGCAUAUGCUGUUAUAUCAUGGAGGGUUUACGUGUCAGUUUUGUAAAACUUCUUUAAGGAAUAAGGCUGCAUUGAAACAGCAUAUUGCUAAAGCCCAUAAUAUAAUUUAGCCGUGUGUUAAGUGCUUUAGAUUAUGAAAUGUGCCUAGAGGUAAAACUUCUAUUGCAAUCAUAUAGGAAAAUUGUAUAUUAUAUUGCAAAAAUUUCAGUUACUGAAUUUUGCUUUGGAAAUAUUUACUGUUACAUUGUAAAGUAUAAUGGCUUAAUUUUUAGUGGAAUAAUUGUAAUAAAAAUAGUAUUUAUGCUGGGAUAUCAUUUAUACUACAAAAGCAAUGAUCAUAAUAAUGUGCAUUCUACAUUAAAUAAAACUAUACGAAUACUUGAAAAUGUAAACAUUACUUGUUUUAGAAGUUUUAUUUCUGGCUAGUAGGUGCUACUCCUUUUUUAUGAGACAUUAUAAUGUUAUUGGGCAAUGUAAGGCGCGACUACACGAGAGGCAAGAACACGAAAAAUAGAAUACCCCCGCAUCUUCCUUCUUUGUUUUUUCAGUUAUUCAUGUUUUAUAUUUCCAAUCCUCGAUACUACUAAAAAAAAUCAUGAUUGUUUCGAUAAUGUUUAUUUCGGUGGGUAAAAACAUCUCUAAUCUUUCAUCUUAGUUUAUUUUAUAAACGCUGUCUUUUGUGUGACGUUAUGUUGGCAUUAUACUUGGCGUAUAUGUCAAAAUAUUCGCGCCUUUUGGGCAAAGCAAUAUCAUUAUUUAGCCGAUGCAAAGUUGUUGCAUCGGCUAAAUAAUGUAAGUCGCUCAAAUAUGCUAGGUGUGUUAUUUUACAAGACCGUCGGAGUCGGAUUUUCAUGUAUUGCAAAAAUGUAUGCAUUAUGUAAUUUGUAUAAAAUGAAAAAGCGCUGUAUCAGUUUCGUGUGUUGCGUCUAACGCCUGAAAUCGAUAAACGAUCUCGAUCGUUAUCUUUGGAUCGAUCCAGAGAACAAACCAAAAAUAUGUAUCAAACAUGGCGGACAAGCUUGAUUCUGAUUGGUCUAUUUUUGCGAUCCUACAAUAUCGAUACGGAUUGUUUAUUGAAAACGUUAAUUAAGUUGUUGAUGGUCUCAAGUUUUCUCAUCAAAGUUUAUUUUGUAUAAUAAUUUAAAAGUCAAGUCCUAGCUAUAUGUAUUAUUUAAGUACAUUUGAAUAUUUAAUAAACUUAUUUACAACGGGAA